GGCUGCACACACUUUGUGAAAGGUGGGACAAGAUCAAUGAAGGAUAACCUGACCAAGUGACAUAAACUUCACACGGCGGCUGUGGCCAUGAUGGAAACGACUAAGUGUGUGAUGGAUGCUGGCGAGGUGCAGACAGAUGCGUUAUUUGCCACCUGAGAUGAGAAGAAAAUCAUGGCUCGGAGCCAUUUGUACCAGGCUGAGCUGAUGAAUUUAACCAUUAUCGAGGGAGGCCGCUUGCUGACGACACACUUGAUGCCCAAGGAAGUGUGUCGGGUCAUCAAGUCUUCCUGCAGGGACUCCGGCUGACUCUUAAUCCACUCUGAAGCCCGACUUGACCCGCCAAACUCCAAACAUGCCACUAGGGUCACUAACUGCUGCUCUCCGCCACGCCGUCGACCCAGCACUUCCUCGCCGCUGCCCAAAGGUAGCUGAUCGUUAGGAGAGGCCAUGAGAUCACAGGGAGGAAAUGUGGAUUAAGGGCACACCAGCGCACCCCAUCACCUGCCUCUCCUCUCGUUCGCCUGCACGGCAAGCAGCCGCAGCGGCACAUUAGAAGCAGCACGCCGACACUCGCUUCCUGUAACCGGUACGAUGGCGGCUCGGGAAGCGACCAGGCACAGCUUCCUGGCAACGUGCUGGCAGCCCAUUCUGAUCCUGAUGCUGGGCACCGUGCUGUCCGGCUCCACCACCGGCUGCCCAUCCCGCUGCGAGUGCAACGUCGCGGAGCGCUCCGUGCUGUGCCACCGCAAGAAGCUCAUGACGGUUCCCGAGGGAAUCGCCGCGGAAACUCGGCUGCUGGAUCUCAGCAAGAACCGCAUAAGAACCAUCAACCCCGACGAGUUUGCCAACUUUGCCAACCUGGAGCACCUGGAACUGAGCGAGAACACCAUCUCCACCAUCGAACCCGGCGCGUUCAACAACCUUUUCGGCUUGCGGACACUCGGGCUCCGUAGCAACAAGCUAAAGCUGAUCCAGCUCGGGGUCUUCACGGGCCUGAGCAAUCUCACUCAGCUGGACAUCAGCGAGAACAAGAUCGUCAUUCUGCUGGACUAUAUGUUCCAGGAUUUGUACAACCUACGCUCUUUGGAGGUGGGCGACAACGACCUGGUUUUCAUCUCCCACCGGGCUUUUCACGGACUGAGUAGCCUGGAGCACUUGAGUCUGGAGAAGUGCAACCUGUCCUCUGUGCCAACAGAGGCCUUCACCCACCUGCACAGUCUGAUCACGCUCAGGCUGCGGCACCUCAACAUCAAUGCGGUACGGGAUUAUUCCUUUAAACGUCUCUUUCGGCUCAAAGUGCUGGAGAUCGCCAAUUGGCCGUAUUUGGAUACAAUGACCCCAAAUUGCUUGUAUGGAUUAAACCUGACCUCUCUGACCGUCGCAAACGCCAACCUGACCACCAUUCCUUACGUUGCCCUCCGGCACUUGGUCUACCUGCGCUUUCUCAAUCUUUCCUACAACCCGAUCCAUACCAUUGACGGGAAUAAGCUCCACGAUCUGCUGCGCCUUCAGGAGUUCCACCUCGUGGGGGGGCGACUCGCCGUGAUUGAGCCCUACUCUUUCCGCGGUCUCAACUACCUGAAGAUUCUCAACGUUUCGGGGAACUCCCUGACCACUUUGGAGGAAUCCGCGUUCCAUUCGGUGGGCAACUUGGAGACCCUGGCCUUGUACGACAACCCCCUGGCCUGCGACUGUCGCAUGUUGUGGGUUUUCCGACGGCGCUGGCGACUCAACUUCAACCGGCAGCAGCCCACCUGCGCCUCCCCCGAAUUUGUCCAAGGCAAAGAGUUCAAGGACUUCCCGGACGUCCUGCAGCCCAACUACUUCACCUGCCGCAAGUCCAGGAUCAGGGACCGCAAGCCGCAGCGACAGUUUGUCGACGAGGGCGCUAUCGUUCACUUCGCUUGCGAGGCGGACGGCGACCCGGUCCCGGCGAUCAUGUGGCUGUCCCCGCAGAAGAAGUUCAUCACCACCAAAACAAUCGGAAGGAUCUCCGUGUUGCCGGACGGUACGCUCGAGGUGCGCUACGCUCAGAUUCAGGACAACGGAACGUACGUCUGUAUCGCUAGCAACGCGGGCGGCAAUGACACGUCCCUGGCUCACCUGCACAUUCACAGCUAUUCGCCCGAUUGGCCCUUCCAGCCCAACAAGACUUUUGCUUUCAUCUCCAACCAGCCCGCAGAAACGGGCGCCAACGACACGCGAGCCAACGUCCCUUUCCCGUUCGACAUAAAGACCUUGAUCAUCGCGACCACCAUGGGCUUCAUUUCCUUUCUGGGAGUGGUCUUGUUCUGCCUGGUGCUGCUCUUCCUCUGGAGCAGAGGCAAAGGCAACACAAAGCACAACAUCGAGAUCGAGUAUGUGCCGCGCAAGUCGGACGCUGGCAUGAGCAGCAGCGCGGCGGAUGCCCCUCGCAAGUUUAAUAUGAAAAUGAUUUAAUUCCAGGAGCGGCCGCGCGAGGAAUUAAGAGAAAGAAAAGGGGAAAGGGGGGAAUUUGUCUGUACUCGGCACUGGAUUCCAAAGGACUUAAGAAGCCGAGCAGGCCAGUCGCUGACUUUCAAACGAGAGGACGGGAAAGCAUGGCCGCCGCAACGAGGCAUUAGUGGAGGUCUGCACGGCUCGUGGUCUGAUUUUAUUGAAAGUCAUGUUAGUCAUAAACAGUCCAUGUUCCUGCGGAUCGAUGCUCGGGAACAAUAUAAUGGACAAGAGUUACACCCAUCCAAGCAGCCAGAAGGCAAGAGGGAGACGGUUUGCCCAUUGAUCUUUUGCGUCUGCAUUUGUUUUCAUUUGCGCCCGCCCAUCUGGAGGCAACAUGUCAAGUUCUGAAUGAUCUCCGUCAGGGCUGAAGUUCAAAAUCAAUGCAUUUCAUCACAACGGUGUUUGAAAUGCCUUUUUUUUUUUUUUUUUGCCCUACUUUUAUAGUCUUGACUCCAACCGCUAAUAGUCUGAUCCGUCAGUGUCACAACCAUUGAUCAGAGAUGCCCUCGUGACUAGAAGGACAUGUCUGAAAAAGAGGACACAUUGUUUGGUGAUUAUUUGGAAAGGAUUGAUGCGCAAAGGAAAAAUGAGGAAAGGAAAUUUGGAAAGAGCCAGCUUGAUCUCUGUGGGAAUGUAAAAUUUGGGAUUAUCCAUGAAAACACGUGCAAAAAAAAAAAAAAAAAGGAUAAAUGUUGAGUAGUUUCUUUUUUGUUUGUUUGUUUUUAGAUGACUUGUGAUUUUUUUUUCCUACCUGGUCAAUGUCAUUCCUAUUCAUCACCAUUGAACGUUUCCAACUUUAAAUAUUCUUAGACAGGUAAAAACCCUUGAGGCGCAAUGUAAAAAAAAAAAAUCAAUCCUGGACAAAUUGAGAUUGGGAAUAAUGAAAACAAUAUUAAAGCAACAGUAAAUUCAUGCUAGGG